GAUUAAUUCAUACCAUUUGAGUUUUGGUCAAGACCAGGUCCUCAGCAAUCUAUUGUGAGGUUCAGAAAGUUUCUUUUCUUGUAACACUUCAUGUCAAUGUUUGCCAGAAAGCAAGAGAGAAGGAACUGAAUGAGAGCCAAGCAGGCAGCAAUACUCAAGGGUUUGGAUCCUUGUUGCCAAUCUUAACAUGUCUAAAAAAAGCAAUGCCACUCAGGCAGGUAAGUGAAGGGCCGCUGGGUAGAGGGAGCCUAAAAUAAUUUGAUAAAGAGCCUCUGGAUGGAAGAUUGCAUUUUGAAUUAAUAAAGGAAGCAAUAACAAGUAAGGAUGGAUGAAUAUGUCAGUUUUGUUUUCUCUCUUUUACUAAUUCAGUUCUCCACAUUUCUGCUGCAAACUGCAACAAGUCUCAUGAAAAUUAGUCAGUAUUUUAGUGUGUAUUUCUGCUGAAACACAGAUUCUUGAAUGCAGUUUUGACUAAUAUGUGCAUUUUUGCAAUUUAUAUUCUCUAAUAUAUUGUAUUUUAUUAUAAUUGCCUCUCUGGAUAAAAAGCAGGAUAUAAAUGUAAUAAAUAUAACUUUUUUAAAAAAAAGGUAUUUUCCACCGAUGUAUGCAUUUUUAUGAACACUUUCCCCUAAUAUAUGCAUUUUGGUACACAUUGCUUGGUCAGAAAACUCCAUCACAACAUUCAGAGAAGUGCGAAUUUUGAAGGAUAAUUGAGUUUCAGUUCCCAUACUGGUUUAAGAAGAACAAAUCAGGUAGUUUCUCACUCAAAUGCAAACAAAAUUGGAUUUCCCUCCCAUCCUUAAUAUCAAGCUAGCAAGAAAAAAUAUUAAACUGGGAGUAGGUUUGUUGUCUUGCCUUGUCAUGGAGAAUGCCUUCUAGUCAGCAGGACUCAUCUUCUGUGUUGUGUUCAGAGUAUAAUUAUAGAAGCAUCUGUACACAUGGAGCAAACUGAAGCAAUUUCACAAGGGUGUAAAAUCAUGCUGAAAGGAAGAGAAAAUGUGGUAUCUUACUAUGAGUUUAUAACAGAAACAGUAACAUCAGUUGCAGAAGUUUGAUUGGUAUAUUUUUGCUGAAUUCUGCCUCUCUACUAAUUUAAAUUAAGGGCCAGCCAAAGUGGAAGUAGGUUCAGAGAUUGUGACUGUAAGAAGCAACAGGGUUGUGCAGAAUAAUACCACUGGCCCAGCGGAGAUUGUCAUCUGUGAUGGAAAGAUAGCUGAUAUUCUUCCAAAGAGAAACUGGGCCAGACCCAGUGGAGAAAAGGUAUGAACUCAUUUAACACUUUAAUUUUUUGUGGAUUUCUAUACUAGCGUUCAGGAUCUGUUUCUAGCAUGUUUCACAAAUAAAACAGUAAAAGUAAAUAAAAAUGCAAUCCCAUACAAAAGCAGCAUAAAAUACAGAUAGAGGACCAAAAUUCUUUUAAAAGCCUGGGAGAAUAAAAUAUAACUGUGUAGGUGCUAGGCGUCUCCAUGGGUAUCCUGGCUCCCCACAUUUGAACUUGAAUUGAUAUAAUGGCUGAAAGUUUUGGAAAUUUUAUUAAUGAAGUCAGUAAAGUAUCCCAACAUGGGUCUACAGUUUACAAGCAGGUAAAGCAUCACAGUGGACAUGACUAGGAUUAGCUAAAUAUUAUUGUUAUAGAAAGUCUUGACCAUUGUAUGUGGAAAUGAGCAUGCAAAUAUAUUUUAUAAACAGGUUCAAUUUCCAAUAUAUUCUGAAGUAUUUAAAAUGUCAACAGUGCUGAAAGUUCAGCAUUUAAUAGCGCUGACAUUUUGAAGCACGGUUUUAUAUGCAUAAACCUCCCGGAAUGUUUCAUUGUUAAUCUGUGCUGAUGAAAAAUUCUAAGACAGCUCAAGGUUACACUGAUCCCUUUCUUAACUGUGGUUCUAAAUGAAUAGCUACUGCUCUAAAGAGUGACACGCGACAUCUUUCAUAUCUGUUACAUCUUUCCUACACAUUACAGUUUUCACAGACGAUGACAACAACAUACAAGUGCAAUUAGGGGGUCCUGUGUAGUAUUGCACAGUGGUGGAGUUAGAUGGAAGUGAUUUCAAUUAAAAUCCCACUUUAGCCAUGAAUCUUAAUGGGUGACUUUGGGCCAUUCAUAAUCUCUCAAGCCCAGGGUCCGCUGCAAGACUCUUGUGAAAAUUUAACUGGAAGAAAACAUGUAUGCCACCCUGAGUUUCUUGGAAGAACAGUGGGAUACAAAUAAUAUAAAUAGUAACAUUAAAAUUGUAUUUAUAAAAAAGAAUAGAGAGAGACUGACCUGACUUGCAGGGAUAUGAGUCAGGAAAGCAAUAAAUAUAUUGUCAUGAAAUGCAAUAUGAAAUGUAUAUAAAUCACAGAAGCAACAGCCAAGAAACAGCAAAAUCCAACAAGCAUAAAACAAAACGCAAAACAGAUCGGGUAUAAGACAUGCUGGAAUGUCUGGGCAAAUAAAAAAAACAGUUUUCAGCUGGCACUGUAAAAUGAUGAAGAUUGGUCCCAGGUAAGCUUCUUUGGAGAGGGCAUUCUGUACAUGAGGCACUAUUACUGAGAAAGCCCUCUCCCUAGUCGUUAUCCUCUUAACCUGAGAUGGUAAGGGAACCUGAAGAAGGGCCUCUUAUGAUGAAUUAUUUGUUCAGGCAGCAUCAUGCAUUAGUAACCAACUUCAGAUAACCAAGCCUCAAGCUAUUUUAUGAACGAGAAAGGAAAAUAUAUUCUAGGGCAUGGUAUUAGGAGAGCUUUAUGAGGGAGCUUGUGAAAGUGAACUAUCCCAACACAAAACAUCACAUCCCUGGGGGCUAAUUCUCCACUCAGUUACACUAGUUUCACGCCAUCAUGAUUCCAUUGACUUCACUGUAACUGAGUAGAGAACUAGACCCUAUGGUCAUAAUGCCAGUGCGGAGCAUUGAACCAAAUUCACCGUGAAUGCAUUGGAUAGGGGCCAGGGUAAAGUGUUCUCUCUUUUUUUAUGUGGUUUUCCUUCUGGGUUAAACUUUUAGUUGCCUGACCAGUGACCUUUAGCCAGUGCCUGUUGCUGAUCACAGCACACUCCACAUUACCUCGACUAAUAAUUAACGCAACUUGCUCUGUGAAUUGUCCAUGAGCUGCGCAUGAUAUUCUCUCACUUCUUGGUUCAUAGGGUAGAUUUUGGCAGAAAAGCUAUUGGUUCUCUUUCUGUCCAUGUAAAUCAUCUGUGUCAGAUAUGGCCAGUUGCUGGAACAUAAGAAGACCCUUAAUGGAGCAGAACAAAGGCCUAUCAAAUCCAGUAUCCUGUUUUCAGGAAACCCACAAGCAGGAUAUGAGCGCAAUGGCCAUUUCCCAUUACAGUGGUACCUCGGGUUACAGACGCUUCAGGUUACAGACUCUGCUAACUCAGAAAUAGUACCUUAGGUUAAGAACUUUGCUUCAGGAUGAGAACAGAAAUCACGUGGCGGUGGCAUGGUGGCAGCGGGAGGCCCCAUUAGCUAAAGUGGUGCCUCAGGUUAAGAACAGUUUCAAGUUAAGAACGGACCUCCAGAACUAAUUAAGUUCUUAACCUGAGGUACCACUGUACUGUUACCCAGAAACUGGUUUCCUGAAGCAAUCUCCCUUUGCCCCUGGAGGUAGUGCGCAGUCAUCACAAUAAGCAGUAAUUGACAGGCUACUCCUCGAUUAAUUUCCCUAAUUCUCUUUUAAAGCUAUCCAAGUUGGUGGCCAUCACCACAUCCUGCAGCAGGAAAUUCCAUAUUUUGGGAAAUUCCAUAUGAACUGUGUUGAAUUGCUAUUACAAGAUGAGACUAUGGCUCUGCAUUGCCUGCUACAGGGGCCAUUAUGAAUGAGAAAACUUAUUCUAGAUACAACCUUAGCUGAACUUGGAUGGCCUUGUGGCAGUUAUCCAUGGUCUAGUAAUCUACCAGCUAGACUAUUGUACUGCAUUAUAUGUGGGGCUGCCUUCAAAGAUGGUCCAGAAACUGCAGCUGACCCCAAACAAGGCAACAAGAUGGUUAGUGAGGAUUGGAAGAAAUCAGCGUAUUAUGACACUGGCUAUGUCAUCUUCACUGGCUUCCAGUCCAUUUCCAGGCCCCAAUCAAUGUGCUGGUAGGAGGGACUGUGAUAGUGAUUUAAAAAUGAAACAAAAAAUGAAACAGAGAACAGUAGUAUUUUUAAAAAUUAAUAGAAAAUACUGAAUAGGAGUACAAUGGUACCUUGGGUUACAUAUGCUUCAGGUUACAGACUCCGCUAACCCAGAAAUAGUACCUCCGGUUAAGAACUUUGCCUCAGGAUGAAAACAGAAAUCGUGCUGUGGCAGCGUGGCAGCAGCAGGAGGCCCCAUUAGCUAAAGUGGUGCUUCAGGUUAAGAACAGUUUUGGGUUAAGAACGGAUCUCCGGAAUGAAUUAAGUACUUAACCCGAGGUACCACUGUACAGUAAAUACUAGAUGUGGUCAAUGUUUAUUAGAUCCUUGUCCUUCCUUGUUACAGUCUGGACUUCAAAGAUAGUGAAUACUCUUCUGAGAGAGAGUUUGGUUCCUGCUGCCCUUAGAAAGGUAGGAAUUAGAUCUCAACUGGAGGGGAAAACUAGAUUGGAAACUUCUCCAAGUAGCCUCUCAACCUGAGUCAGUCUUGAUAUUUCUGCCUCUGUCCCUUUAAAUCUGAGACCUCUUUUGUACAUUAAUGCAGGGUGAGUCCUGUAAAAGAGGCCCCAUAGAUACAGAGUACACAUGUUCCACAAGGCCUCUUUUAAAAGACUCACCCUGUACAAUCUAAAUAAAUGUUUGUGUCUUAAAGCAUCUUAAGAGAAUGAAAAAUGACUGGAGAUGAAAAGAGAGACAAGCCUUCCUAAUUAGGAAUGCCAUCAGAUGCAACAUAACUUCUGAAAGUCAAUGUAUUUCCAAAAAGAAGGGAAAAGACAAAACAAUGGCUAUGCCUGAAUUCAUCCACUCGUGCAAAGCAGCUAAUGAAGCAUACUGUACUCCUUCUUUAAGGAGCUGCAAGACUAUUAAUUGCUUCCAAGUAACUUGAAUCUAACUUUCUCUUAGGAAAUUUGAGAAAUGGUUGAGCUCUCAAUGCACAUGCAAGGAAGAUGAGUGUCUGAUGAAUAAUGGUUUGCGACAAAGAUGCAAGUGUUUUGUUUCGUUGUUUUUUAAAAAAAAUACAAUUCCUGGCAUGUUGAAAUUAUGACAGAUCUCUUACUGGAUGAGUGUUCUAAUAAGGUAGAGUGAGCAGGAAGCCUAGCAAGAAGUCCAAAUGAUCAAAUCAAUUAUGAAGCAUUCUUAGAAAUCUCAACUGUUGUGGGCCACAAUCCAGCAGAGAAUGAAUGGUUUUAAGAGCUCUUUUAGUCUGCAAUGGAUUGUGGCUGUGAGUUUUUAAAGUGUUCCUCCAAGCUUUCUAUAGCGUUCCAAAAAGCAAAACACUAAACUGUGUUUUGAAUUAAAAUCCAGAGUUUUUAACAAGGAACCUGCACAGGUUACAAGCAUUCUAUGGACCAUACUCAUGAUGAAGGCAACUUUAGAAUGUUCUGCAAUUAACCUGCAAUUAACCUUCUGCCUACAGAUCUUAGAUGUUGGAGACCUCGUGGUCAUGCCUGGAAUAAUUGACCCUCAUGUGCAUAUAUAUGAGCCUGGACAGCCAGCUGGUGAAGGAUUUACAUCUGUGACUCAGGCCGCAGCUGCAGGAGGCAUCACCACUGUUGUUGACAUGCCCUUGUACGUUACCAGAGAGCUGGAGGGAGGGAAUAAAGGGAGAGAAUAAGGACUUUCCCAUUUUAAUGCAGAAUUCACAAUGAGAUUUCCCAGGUCAACUCAUAUAAAUUACAAUGUAAGAGUUUAUAUGUCUCUUCCUAAUAUGAUCUAAUCCCUCAUCCCAUUGUAGGCCCUUGGCUCAAAUCCUAAGACUUUCCUGAGGGUCGCUUGACCCUCAGGAAUUGCUUUCCAAGGGGUUCAGGAUGAGUUGAGAAUCUGUGUGUGUGAUGUGUGUUUUUCCAAGCAAGUUUUUAAUAAACAUUUCCCCAAUAGGAGACUAAAGAGGUAAAGAAGGGGCAGGGAAUUAUGCAUAACUGAGCAUUCUUGUGCUUGCACUGCAUCUAGUAAAAGCCACUGUCUUUGUUGCUUUUUAUUUAUUUUCUUGUAGUAUUAUUAUUCUGCCUUCCAUCCCACAUGGAAACCAAGCGGUUCUCUGUAUCAUCACAUUAACUUUCUUUGCACACCCAUGUGCUCAGGCCUGUCUUACAGAUUCCUAGCACCUGUAGAAAAAGAACGCUUUGGGUGGAAGGCAACAGCUGGAGCAGCUUCUGCAGGGCAGGAUUUCUGAAACACCAUAUAUAGUCCUGCAGUGUCACCUACUGGUCAUAUUCAGAUACUGUAACCAAGAGUGAAUUCCCAUGCUCAAUUUCCACACCAGAAAUCCAUGGUUGGUUGGUUGGUUGGUUUUCCUUUUUGAGGCCCCACCAAAUGUCUAGACAUAAUUAUACCACACAAACAAAACACACACACGGGACGCGGGUGGCGCUGUGGGUAAAACCACAGUGCCUAGGACUUGCUGAUCGUAAGGUCGGCGGUUCGAAUCCCCCUGACAGGGUGAGCUCCCGUUGCUCGGUCCCAGCUCCUGCCAAGCUAGCAGUUCGAAAGCACCCCAAAGUGCAAGUAGAUAAAUAGGGGCCGCUCUCCAGCAGGAAGGUAAAUGGCGUUUCCGUGUACUGCGCUGGUUCGCCAGAAGCGGCUUAGUCACGCUGGCCACGUGACCCGGAAGCUGUCUGCGGACAAGCGCCGGCUCCCGGCCUCUUGAGCGAGAUGAGCGCGCAACCCUAGAGUCAGUCACGACUGGACCUGAUGGUCAGGGGUACCUUUACCUUUAAAUGUCUAGACAUAAUUAUACUACACAAACAAAACACACACACACCAACAGCCCUGAGUGUGGUGGUCGUAGUUACUGAUUUAUUUAUCAAAUGCAUAGCCUGCCUUUCCUGAUCAUUUGAAGUGGUUCACUAUAGGAGAAAAAUACCAGACCUAUCACUCCAGAACUGGAGAUACUGAUGUUCAAAUCCCCACUCAGCCAUUACACACACUGGGCAACACUGAGCCAGUGUCUGUCUCUCAGCCUCACCUACUUCACAGGUUGCUUGUUGAAUGCUGGAAUGUAUAGUAUUUUGAGCCCUUUGCUAAAAGAAAGCCAUGAUAGAAAUAUUAUUUAUUAAAUCAAUCAAUAAAUAAACAUUUAUGCCUGGUGCAAGCUCAUAUGGGAAUAGGGAAAUCCAUCAUCUUUGGCAUGUAAAUAGGAUCCAGUGGCAGAAAUUCAAGUGGCUACCACAACCUAACAGAGGCAAAUUUAAACUAAGGUAGUGUUUUUGUUGGAAUCAGUUUGCACACGGUUGGUACUGCUUUGGUUACAUCAGGAGCCACACUUGAAGAAUGAGGUCACUAGUAUAGAGGAUGUAUUAAAGCUGUGUUACAGAUUGGCAGCCAGACUGGGCUAGAAAUGAGCCUGGACAGUGGACACAGUUUAGUUGCCUUCUAGGUAGGAAUGGUUCUACAAUUAGGCAGAAUGAGGCAACUGAUUGCGUUUCUUAUAAAAGGGCAGGGAAUGAGGAGACAUGCUGAGACUUCUUGUUUCAGCUGCCAUCUGCUCCCUGACUUUGAUUAUGGUGGUAGUGGUGGUGGAGGAGGAAGACAGGUAUCAUUUGCUGCUCUUAGGCAGCAAAAUGUGCUCGGCCAGCCUUGUUUCCAAGUAACAUUUUACUUCAUCCCCUUAACUCAGGUUCUCCAGUCCUCCAACCACAACCUUGUAUGCCCUUGAGAAAAAGCUCCAGUCUGCCAAGGGAAAGUGCCAUAUUGAUGUUGCAUUUUGGGGUGGCAUCAUUCCUGGAAAUCAGGUUUGUAUCCAGCAAUGAAAUGGCAUCAGCUCUCUUGUGUCUUAUGUACUUUGGAGGGGGGCCAUGAAGGCAAGAGAAAUAGAGAGGGCUGCAGAAAUGAAAGUGUUCCUUUAGAUAGCAUGAUCCAUUAAAAGUAAGAGGCUGCAAAUGGAUGGAGGAUUCUGCCAUAUUUUUAGUUAUACUAGGGUUGCUAUAUUUCAAAAAGUGAAAAUCUGGCCAGAAACGUUUUUGAGCUUUUCAGCAAUUUCCAUCCAGACACGAUUUCCGAUGACCGAUUGCCAGCUAUGUCCAGGAAAUUCCGUACAUAUGGCAACCCUAAGUUACACUGCACCCUAUGCAAGAGCUCUGGAAACAGUACAAUACAGUACACAGUUUUGAAAAUAAGAGAUGUGGCUUGAAAUAAAUCACUUGGCUUGAAAUCCCAGUUCUAAUUCCAUAUGUGUAUGAACGAAUUGCAGCAAAUUGUUGGAAGUGGGAAAUGAACUCUGCUCAUCCUCAUAGGGGUACGUGAAAAUUUAGAUUCAGUUUGCAUUUAAAUUGAAAACUCAAUUGAAGCUGAAUAUGUGCAGAAAUUACAAGAGGGCAGAACUUAAUUCACAACUCAGCCAUUCUUCUGCUUUCUUCAUAUUAUUAGCAAACUUUCCAAGUGCUUGUCCUUGUGCUAUCUCUUAGGCUGAGCUCCUACCAAUGCUGAAGGCUGGGGUUCCUGGAUUUCAGUGCUUCCUAAUGGCCACUGGUGUGGAGGACUUUUCCCAUGUUUGUCUACAUGAUAUACAUGUGGCAAUGAAUGAACUGCAAGACACAGACUGUGUGCUCCUGGUAAGGAGCUGAAUUCCUACUCUUUUACUCGCUAGCACCUUUGACAUUAAGUACCUGUUUUCCAUUUCUCUACUCUCUUCCAGCGAAGCUCCAGUAUGGAUGGUAACAUUUCACACUUUCUCUCCUUGGGCAUUACUUAUUUUUAAUUUUUUAUGUAUAUUUUAUUAGCGAAUUGAAUUAUUGUACAUACUUUUCCCCAGUAGGUUAUUCAGGUACUAUAAAUGACACAAAAAAGAUGAAUAAAGAUUAGUACAAUAAUUAAAAGAAUUUACUAAUGUCCACAUAUUAAUAAAAUUAAGCAAUGCCCCUUCAUAAUAAACCAUUAAUUAAUAUUAAAUAUACCAAAUUAAAAUUUAAUUGUGGUAUAUAAAUUCAUGAUCUGCACAUAUUUUAAAGGUGUGAGAACAACUUCCCUAAUUCCUUUCUUUUAUUCUUAUGUGUAUAAGCUAAUUCUUAUUUUACAAAUUGAAUUACCAAAUCCCAACUUCUUAUAACCUGCUUCUAUUUUUUUCCAUCUUUAAUCGUUGUGGUUUUCACUUCUUUGGAUUAUUUAUACCUGCACUUUCCAUCUCAAAAGAGACACUUAAGGUGGCAUACAUUCUUCAGCAAACACAGAAAAAUCCGCUCUUGGAAAACUGGCAUCCAACAUCCCACAAAAGAUUCAAGGGAGAAAAGAACCAGGACCCACCUUUUAGCUAACGUGUAGUAUACUGCUAUAGACUAUAUUAGCCCGAGUACCUGGAUUCUAGGGCAAUAAGCAGUUUCACUGUUAAAUUAGAGCAACUCCCUUCUCAGCACUGAGUACUAGAAUGAAAAGGUGCUGUUAUGAUUUGAUAUAUCACAAUAGUGUUUUGUUUUUUAAAAAACAACAGGCAGUCUUCCCUGCUUUAAAUUAAGCACUCUUGGUGACAUUUAGCUUUCAUAGGCUUGUCUGAAACCAGACCACUGGGAUGGGGUGGGGGUGAGAAGGAAGAAGAUGUAUUUUUAAUCUUUGUUGGAAGCCGCCCAGAGUGGCUGGGGAAACCCAGCCAGAUGGGCAGGGUACAAAUAAUAAAUUGUUGCUGCUGCUGUUGUUGUUGUUGUCACAUUGUUAUAUCUUCCUGUAUAAAUUUUUUAUAUAAAGUUAAACUUUCCCCCCCUGUUUGGGACUCUCUACACAGUUCCAUCCAGAACAGGAGCCAAGUCACUCCCUGCCUGUCCAAGAGGGUAUGUAUUAUGCUAACCAGUACCUUUACUUUUACCCCACCACAUAUGUCUGCCAGGAGACAUGGGAGCAUUUCCCCUCUUCAUCACAGGACCAUGGUCAUCCCUUUGUGUUCUUCUGAAUGGAAGUGUUUGCUCAGCUUAGAAUUUGUUUUGCACCAACAAAGAAAUAGAUAAUAGAGACCAUCCAUAGGGCAAAUAAAGGAGAGUAGAUAAGAGAGGAGACAGCAAGGAGUCUGGAGCAGCCCUGGGCAGUGAACUGUCUGAAGAAAAAUACCUGAAGAUUUCAGAAUGGCCUCCCUCUGAUGACAUAGGAGGGAGGGAGAUUUCAGUUGCACAAGAAAUGGGCACAGUCUUUCUAGGAUGUGAAAGGAGCUGGGAACCGUUCCCCUAAGGACCUUAAGUGCAUUUUAAUAUACUAAAACACUAGAAAUAAUCUUGCUAGAACCCACUUGGUAGGGGCACCGGUAUUAAAUGUGUGCAUCUUUAUAUUUUUCUCUCCCUUUCCCCAAACAGACACCAUGGAGUACAGCACUUUAUUGGACACACGCCCUUAUACCAUGGAGGUGGAGGCCACCAUCACCAUUGCUGAACUGUGUCUCCAGUAUAAGUGAGUGUUUCUUUCUGUUAAGCUGGAAAUGAGAGAGCAUGCUAAGGACAUAAAAAAGCCCUGCCGUAUUACACCAAAAUCCCAUCUAGUUCAGCAUAUUGUUCUCCCAAUGGCCAACUAGAUGCCUAUGGGAACCCACAAGCAAGACCUGUGUGCAAAAGCUCUCUCCUGGCAUGUGCUUCCCAGCAACUGGUACCAUACUCCAACUGCCCCAAAAAUACCAGGAUCGUCACAAACACCCUUAAGCAACCACGUCCCGAAUUCCCAAGGGUCCUUCCCUUCUGUACUGGAAGUUCAGACCGUGCGUCCCUCUGGGACAUUUCUUAGAUCUAUGCCUCCCACUCCCUUCCUUCUCUCCUGACUCAAUAUGGCCCCACUUCCUCUUUAUAUGAAAACAAGAUCCGGGUCACUUGAGGGCCCCUAAUAAAGUUUUUCACUGUUUCUUUGCUCCUCGGUCAGCUGGUCUCUCAUAAAGAAACUGAUGAAAGGGAGCUAAGCGGGCGAGGCCUUCCACAAGGUCACUGUCCACAUGGUUACGAGGGGUGCCAAGAGGUCACAAGCGCUGAAGAGCAGCUGUUACAGUCACUUGGCUCUGGUUUGCUUCGUUCAGCCUCUGCAUCUGAGUCCCUGCCCCAGCCUCUGAGGAGAAGGCAGGGUGGGGGGCACUGAUGUAGAAUAUGUCCCUAUUAUCAUCUGAUGGAUGUUGGAGGGCAUGUGGUAUUCAGAGGCAUACCACCUCCAACAAUAAUCAUAUGCUUUUAACUUUACAGGAUACCAUGCCACAUCGUUAAUCUCUCCUCUGCUCAAGCCUUGCCCAUUAUCAAGGAUGCUCGUCAGAAGGGAGCACCAAUUACGAUAGAAACUGCACACCACUACCUCAGCCUGGCAUCUGAAUGCAUUCCUCCAGGAGGCAUCUACUACAAAUGCUGCCCUCCUAUCAGGGACAAAAACAACCAGGUAAGAGCUAUGGAAAAUGGAAGUGGGCCAAUCAAAUGGCAAAAAAUAAAAAGAUAAAAUAAAAAUAAAGUGAUGGCAGAGAGAGGACAUAUGAAGUAAGAUCUGAGUACUAUUAAAAAGAAAUGCUUGAUAAUGUCUGCAAUAAUUCAGUAAGAAGAAUAAGAUAAGACAGGAACUUUAUAUGAUCAACAGACUCCACUCAUGUUGAAAUUAUAGGUUGUUCUGGUUGAACAAAGUAUGACAGGUUAUUAAAAUGGCAUUCAGAAAAGAGUGAGUACACAUACACACAUACACACAAUCUUAUGCAGUUGACUCCUAUAGAUAAUACACAGAUCCAAACGAUUGUCUAGAGACAUAUCAAUGCAAUGUUCAACUACUUCAAUCCAUCAUAUACAUUAUGAGAAACAAAAAGACAAUAAAAACAAAUAAAAUAUGUUAAAAUUGACAGUGCAAAGUGCAUUUGUGUCACAUCCAGACAUGUUCAAAGAAAUGGUAGUUUAGUGCUUAAUGUAAGUUCAUUGUUCUCUAAGGACCGGUUUAACGAACUCAGCUUAAUAAACCAUGCUUGAGCACAAGAAUCAGCCUAUAUGCUACCUCCUUGUCCCUCUCUUCUUCCCAUGAUGCUCUGGCUUCAGUGCUUCCAUCAUGGUUAAUUCAAACCACAGUUUCCUGUUACAUCUUAACUAGGAAACUAUCAUGUAAUCUCAGACUACAAAUACCAGGAUAAGAUGUUGGUUUUGCAUCCUAUUUGGUAAGUUGAGGUAAAACAGAUGUAACUGGAAAUUUUGGUUUAAAAUAGCCGUAAUAAAAACACUGGAUCCAGGCAAGGGGAGGGAAGGGCCAAACACAUGGGUGUAUUCUCAGUUUAAUAAACUAUGGCUUAUUGGCCCUAAUAAUUUGCCCGAAGUACGAGGCAGGCCUUCCUAAAGAAAUAAGGGCACUAGAAAGCAAAAAUGUCAGUUCCUGCACAAUACAUAAUACAAGUGAAUUAAGUGUUAUUGUGGUUCUUUAUUGGGCCAGGUUGCAAAAUCCAGGAGUGGAAUCAUUGCAAAGCAAUGCUCCUGUUCCCAGUUCCUUAAAACAUUCCAGAAGGACUUGGUGGUGGUGGUGGUGAAGAAGAAGAAUCAGCAUGGCCAGAAGAAUCAGCAUGGCCACACUAUCCUUAUCUGUUUCUAAAUGCGGAUCUUUAGUCAAAGAAAUUUCCUUUCCAUUCUAAGGAGAGCUAACUUUCAGUGGCAGCUCUGUCACUGUUGCUUUGGUCGGUCUAUUUUUGAGUUGAAAGCUGAUCCUGGAUCUUUGGUACAAACUGCAUUACCUCUGUAUGCAUCAAUAGAUUAAUGCAGGGGUCACCAAUGUGUUGCUUGUGGGCACACAUAUGCCCACAGAGGCCUUUCCUGGUGCCUACGGGGUCCCCUUUCCCGCUCCACUGAAAUUAGUGUUGAAAGAAGCAUGCUCCUGUCGCUAGUAGAACAGGUUGUGAAGUGUGCUUGGCUGUGGUGCCCACAGCUGUGUAUCCAGUUUGCAAAUGUGCCACUGGCUCCAAAAAGGGAUGUGACCCUUCCUUGAUCAUUCAAUGGCUUCACCUUACUAAAGAGAACUACAAAAGUAUUUCCUUGGCAUAAACUCUUACUCUCAUGUCUCCAGGAGCAGCUUUGGGCAGCUUUGGAAGUGGGAGAGAUAGACAUGGUUGUCUCAGCCCAUACUCCUUGCUCCCGAGACUUGAAAGAUUUGAACAAUGGAGACUUCCUCAAGGCCCCAGCAGGGAUUGCUUCACUACAGUUUGGUAAUGUGUUUAUGAGCUAUUUUAUAUAUGCUGUUCUUUUUCUUAUCUUCAUCCAAUGAGCAUGUACUGCUAAGAAUGGAAAGGAUGCUAUCCCCAUAUCAUCUCAAGAAUAUACUACACUGACAGGCAGUAUCUCUCCAGAAUAUGGGUCCUCAGAGGUCUUUCCCAUUACCUGCUAACUGGAGGUGUCUGGAAUUAAAACAGUAACCUUCAGGGCACAAAGCAUGUGAUCCACCAUUGAACUAUGGCCCUUCCCAAAGCAUGACCUGUCAUCCUGUUGUUCCAGGUGCCCUUAGUGUCCUCAAGCUAAGCCAACCAAUACCCCAUUCAAAAUGCCCCAUUUCAUUUAAAUUACAAAUACUUUAGUUUUUCACUAUGUAAAUUAAAGUAAUUUCAUAGAAUCAUUCAAUCAUAGAAUCAUAGAGUUGGAAGAGGCCACAAGGGCCAUCGAGUCCAACCCCCUGCCAAGCAGGAAACACCAUCAGAGCACUUCUGACAUAUGGUUGUCAAGCCUCUGCUUAAAGACCUCCAAAGAAGGAGACUCCACCACACUCCUUGGCAGCAAAUUCCACUGUCGAACAGCUCUUACUGUCAGGAAGUUCUUCCUAAUGUUUAGGUGGAAUCUUCUUUCUUGUAGUUUGGAUCCAUUGCUCCGUGUCCGCUUCUCUGGAGCAGCAGAAAACAACCUUUCUCCCUCCUCUAUUUAAAUUUGUUUUAAAAAGCAUGUUCAAUAAAGCAAAGACGGGAUCCCAAGCAUAGUUACUUCAAAAUAAGUUCCAUUGAAUGCAGAAUAAUUUUCUUUUGGGUAGGUUAUGGCUUUCAGACAAAGAAAUCUUAAUUGAUCAGAUCACUUUUCAUAGAGUAGCCAAUUCAUUGAUUAAAUUUGCAUAUGUUUACAUACAAAAAUUCUGAAGAAAAUAGCAUGAAUUUACUUCCCUGGUGCUCCCCGCCCCCAAUACAAUCACACAAUAGUGUGUGCGAUUCAAUGUGUUUAUGUUUGAAUGAGUGUGAAUGAAUGUCAGUGAAUGUGUUUAUGGGUGACCCAACAUAUUGCCACAUGUGUCCCUCGCAGGAAAGGACUGCUCACCCCUGGUAUAGAACUUUACCAAAUGUUCAAGUCUUCUCUUUGAGUGGCAUCAAGUGAUAUACUUUAAGAAGAAACCAGGGAAGAACAAUCUUCUGAACAAUAAAUUCCUCUACUAAUUGUGACUGGAAAAUUCAUAGGUCUCCCUCUCUUCUGGACUUCUGCAAAAUCCAGAGGGUUCUCCUUCCAUGACCUAGUGCAACUGAUGUGCAAAAAUCCUGCCAUUCUGAGCAGGCUGGAAGACCGUAAAGGAUCACUUGGCCCUGGGAUGGAUGCAGACCUGGUGAUCUGGAAUCCAGAAAAGGAGUUUGAGGUAAGGAUGGGAGAGGAUAUAGGUCAUUUUUAAAAUUUUGUGAAUCACCUUGGGAGUCUGAUAUAGAGCCAAAAACAGGAUAUAGCAAAUCUAAUAAAAUAAAGAGUUAUAACAAACAAAGCCCUUACAGAAAACAGUGAAGUGACCUAAUACCAAGUGAAGAAUUAAAUGUGCCAGUUUUAUGAGACAGAAGUCCAAAGUGUAGUUGUUGUUCUUUGGAUUUCUUAUCCUUACUUCACCAUAAGGUCCCAGGUAAGAUAAAACAAUAUAAAAAUAAAAUGUUAAAAUCAGUUAAAACACUUUGGUCUUGAAUGUUUGCAGUAUAAAAAGGCAUAGCAGAAUUGUUUCAACGACCUUAGCAAGAGAGUAAUCUUGACACAAAGUUAGGGUGUCAGCUGGGGCAUUAUUUUUCUCAAUUUGGAUCAAAGAUACAUCAAAACACUUAUUAUGGUUAUGGUUAUUAGCUAGAGAGAUACAAGAUAGAUAUUGAUUGUAGCGAACAUCAUAUAUAUACCACUUCCCAAGCCAGCGGUGGUAGCUCACUGGGUGCAGAGUAAACGGGAGUGUGUGAAACUAACCUUUCUAUGCUUUGAAUUUUUUAUAAUUGAUGAUCUGGAAAGUGCCAGUUCUGAUAUUACCAUUCUCUUUGAUACAACACAGGGACAAUAAUAUUAGGUUGUAUGCAUUAUCCUUAGUAAGCAACAUAUCCCAAACUAAUCUGUAUUAUAAUUAUUUUGUCUCCUUCUUUCUCUCUUAGGUGAAUAAAAACAUAAUUCAUCACAAGGAUAAGGUAUGGGAAGGCUCAUGUUUUCUGCAUUCUCCCAGUGUUCCUAUUACUGCCCCCCGCCAUCCCACCCUCAAAACACCUUACUGUAAUUUACUGUAUAAUUCAUUACAUUUUUGGCCUCUGCUUAGGGCAGGCUUUACUGUUAAGCAAAUGGGGCAUCCCAAGUGUCAUUUCUGUGGUGGUAGAGGCUAUAAUGAACUGACUGUUUAGUAAUCUUCACCUCCAUCUAUCACUUUGCUUAGCAGGCAAAAACCAACAAACAAAAUACCACCAGGAGGGGUGAGCACAGCCGUCGGCUUUCAACAUUCCUUGCCUUUUUGCAGCCUUGACAUUUAUGGGCUAUUCAGUCUUUAUCUUUUCCAGGUCAGAAGUUACUGGGUCAGAGGAUCUGCCUCAUACAAAUUUAAAUAAGGACUGGCCCUAGUAGGCACUCAACAGGACGCAUGUCUAUGCUGAAGGAGUCUAAAUCAUUUUCACAUCUGGUAUCUUAGAUUAUUUAUUAGUUUCAUGGCCCUAACCUCAAGCUCAGAGUCAGAGGAGGAUGAGCUGGCUGAGGCCAGGACUGCUGCACCACCAGGUUCCCUGGAAGUGAACCUGAGGCUAGUGGAACCUACAGAACCUGAGCCAGAACCCUCACAGAUGCCUUUCGCCAAGUCCCAUUUGCCUGAAGAGUCAAGUACUUCUUGCUCUACAGGCCUACCCAACAGAAUUCACCAGGCCAGCAAGCCACAGAAGAGAAAAGAAGUGCUCCAGGUUAGGGAGUUGGCCCUUUAAGGAUACCUACUCUUUGGGCAUGGAGCUUGAGAAAGGUAAACUGGAUGGAGGGGUUCAUAAGGCCUCAAUUCACCUCUAGUCUUUGUUGUUCACUUAGAGCUUUCUACACUGCUGCAUCUAUUUUGCCUUGUGCAUAUCUGCUAUGGACAGAUCAGAACCACCAUAAACAAAAACACAUUUACCCAAAGACCUUUUGAUUCUGCAUUCUAUUUAUCCUUACUUUUCUCUCUCUCCCCGCUUCCUCCUUUAGCCAACCCCAUACUUGGGUUUCCAGCUUUAUGGUGAGGUCUUUGCCACUCUUGUACGUGGCAGGCUGGUUUAUCUGAAUGGGAAAUUUGCCCCCAAGCCAGAAGGGGACCUGCUUGUAACAGAGAGAAAGAUGCCUACAAGAGUCUCAUCACCCUACUACUAAUGAGGAAGAGAGUAUGACAAAUGUACUAGCUAAACACAAAUCUGGGCAGAAGAGAAGCUGGAAGAAUAGAAGAGGAGAGGAGAGUGGAAUCUACACACAUACAAAAAACGCUGUCAAAAUGCUUUUUUAAAAAAUGUUUUGAAAAAUACAUUGAAUUUUGCAUAGCUCACUGUCACCAUCUAGUGUCACAUUUGUAUAUUGCACUUUACAACACAUUUAAAACGUUUUAUUUGCAGCUGUAUACAGUAUCUGAGUCUGAGGAUGAGUGACAUAAAGAAUAAACUGCAAUCGCAUAGUCUAUUGUCUCAGUGAGAGCAGCUGCUACACUUUCUGAAUUUUUCUACAACUGCUGAAUAAAUAAAAUGAGGUCAACAGCUCCAGCUGAUAUGUCAAGGAUAUGCAAUAAUGGAACUGUAAAAAGUUAUUGGAGCCACUCCCUCAUGCCUUCUUGCUUUCCAGAAGUAUAAAUAAGGCUAAUAAAAAAUCAGGGUGAUGGGGGAACAAGACAAAAAGUCUGGGUGAUCUCGCAGCUCUUAAUGCUUCAUCUCAAAGUUUAUUUUGCAAAUCAUUGAUCUGAUUUUUAAAUCUAAUGUAACACAGUGCUCACAGUGAAUCAAACAGUAAUAUGCCAAAGUGUGAUGAGUUCUGAAUAAGUAUUCUUUCACUAUGGCUAUGACCUUAGAAAUUAGAUAAAGAGGCUUUCGAUAUAACUCUUUAAUCAAAGUAUGAUCUAUUGAUUUCCUGAUCAGAAUAUGAUCAAAAUGGGAUGUCAAGUAAACAUGUUUGAAUUGUGCAUUUUUUUAUUCUUGCAGUUGCUCUAACCUUUAGAACAAGGAUGAGAAACCUGCAGUCCUCCAGAUGUUGGACUAUACCUCUUAUCAUUCCUGACCAUCCUGGCUGAGUUUUAUUGGAGUUGGGAGUUAAACUACCCCUGAAUUAGAGGGUUACAUAUUUUAAGUCCUCUCUCAGACAAACUAUACUAAAUGCAAAACUAGGCACAGUGCUCUGCAACAUCCAUGAGGCUUUAAGACUGCCACUGCCAGCCAAGCAAUCCUGAAUAAUUUAUUUUUCUCCUAUUUGACUUAAUUUGAAAAUCCAUAGAAACAAAGUAAUCACUUUGUCAAAACUAAAAGGCAGCAUUUCCCUUUGACAGUGCUGUGCUAGAACAUACAUCCUGCCAGAGCAUUUGGACCUUAGUGUUUAUUAGCUGGCAAGGGCUCGUGGUACAUAAAAAUGCUAAACAAAACAUUAAAGGGCUUAAUAUCACAGAAAUACAAGUUGUCCCAGUAAAAGGGCAGAUUCUCAGAAUGAAGUACAGUAUAUGGUCUGAUACAAAGUGAACUUCCUUGAAAAUGCAAACGUUACAAAGGAAAAUUGUGGGCAAGGGUAGAAGGGAAAUAAUUCAGUCACUGAAACCAGAGAAACUGUUGCUAUCUUCUGGUGGGAUAAUGGCAUUCAGAUGGUGCAAUUGAAGAUUAGUGGUGUUCUUGUGAAACAAAUCUUCCUCCAAACUUUUUGCAAAAAGGAAAGUGAUGAAGAAAUGUGCUGGAAAAACAAUUGUUUGAUGCAACAUUGUCUAACCUCCCCUCAGACAAAUCAGAAUGAAUGUUGAAUAAAUAGCUGGUGUUGUC